UCAACUAAAGCGUGAUCGGCUUUCACGUUUGUUGCGUGUUUGUAGCAGUGGCAGUUGUUGAGAUUGCGGCGUGCUUUUCGUUUCCACGCGGUCUUGUUGUACUCUGUGUGUUAACUUCCUGUCGGAUAACGUCCAAUGAUACUCGCACUGGCUUUUGCGAAGUCCUUGAACCUUGAACAUUACUGAGGAAGGAACUCACCGUCAAGGCGAUUGCCGCCACUUACGCGAUGUCACACUACUGUCAUAAAACGUCAUUGUUAUUCAGGAAAAGUCCUUGGGGAAUUCAUACUGAUCGCUGUUGAGCUUCGCUAUUGAUCAAGUGCCCUCGGUUUGUGUCUUGAAAGUUUCCUCCUAUUUGAAUUUGCCGUACCUGGAUCUUCCUAAGCGUACGUACGUCGUUGAGUACAAGUACGAGCCGGCUUUGAUACCUACUUCAGUCCUCUCUGCGCUGACAUUGCUGAAAGUCCGUAUUUACCGCACGCACAAAAGUAAGCGCGAAAAUGGAUGCUGAUUCGACGCUUAAAUGUACAGAAGAAGACAAGAUUUUUCUUCAGCCUUAUCAUUACAUAAUGAAGGUACCAGGGAAACAGAUUCGCACAAAGUUGGCCCAGCUUAUACGAGUACUGGUACGUUCCAGGCCUUCAACCAGUGGUUAAAAAUACCGAAGGAAAAGUGCUACGCGAUAGGAGAAAUUGUUCAGAUGCUUCAUAAUGCUAGUCUCUUCAAUUAUAUUUCCAGAAUCGACGACAUCGAAGACAGUUCGGUGUUGCGUCGAGGCAUUCCCGUGGCCCACAACAUCUUUGGCAUCGCCAGCACCAUCAACUCCGCAAACUUCGUUUAUUUCCUCGGCCUCGAAAAAUGUCUCCAGCUCGGACACCCAGAGGCGAUUGCGGUUUUUACGGAACAGUGUCUGGAGCUUCAUCGUGGUCAGGGGAUGGAGAUCUUCUGGAGAGACAACUACAUCUGUCCAACGGAGGAAGAAUACGCUCGCAUGGUCAAGAGAAAAACGGGAGGGCUCUUUGGUUUGGCCGUGAGACUCAUGCAGCUGUUUAGUGAGAACAAGAGUGACUUCACAGGGCUCAUUGGCACAUUAGGACUGUAUUUUCAAAUUAGGGACGAUUAUGCCAACCUCGUCUCAAAAGAGUAUACAGAAAAUAAGAGCUUCGCUGAAGACCUGACCGAAGGAAAGUUUUCAUUCCCCAUCAUUAAUGCCAUUCAGACAUACCCGGAUGAUCCAAGGAUGAUGAGUAUCUGCUGCCAGCUUAAUUAUAUUAUACGAAAGAGAACGACGGAUAUAGAGAUUAAGAAGUACGCCAUCGACAUUCUCGACAAGCUCGGCUCUUUCGACCACACCAAGCGGACGUUGCAGGAACUCGACGCGGAGGCGCGUGAAGAAGCUGAGUCGCACGGCCACAAUCCAGUCCUGAUACAAGUGCUCGAUGAACUAAGAACCUGGUGAUGAAGACUGUUCCUUGUGACAGUUUUAAUAGGACCAUAUUCAUGUGCUGUGCAUCACUUUGUAACCUGCUAGAAACCUGCACAGACGUUGCAUUGUUAGACCACAUAUCAUAAAUUAAGGUAUUUAAUUUUAAUUACUCGUCAGGGCCUGUUGCUUCACGGAUUAGAUCGAAGCUCAUUAGUAAGUUAUUAUGCAGAGGAGGUUUGACUGCCAUGAGUACUAUGCAAAUGUACUUGCACAAAUAGAAUUCAACAACUGUAGAAGCGAAACACAACAUAUGCAAACAAGUGAACCUCAGAUCAACAUUUUUUAUGUAAUCCAAGCAGCAUUAUACUCUGCCAUAUGAUCUGGUUGCCAUCGGAUCGUCUGAUGAUGUUUCCAAGUUGAAUAAAAAUGUUUUGUGCAUAAUG